AUGACUGCUCUUCCGCCGUCAUCCAUGCCUCUUGCAGAAGAGUAUAAAUUCUGUGAUGAGCGCUACUCGAAAGAAAUUUUAAAAAGACUUAACAAACUUCGCGAAAAUCAGGUUAUGUGUGAUGUUAUAAUCAAGAUUGACAACCAGGAAUUUCCAGCACAUCGAAAUAUACUGUCAGCGAGCUCCGAUUAUUUUUUAGCGAUGUUCAAUGGGAAUAUGAAGGAGAGCACGGAACAGUCCAUCUAUUUGAAUGGUAUCGGGGCCGAAACAAUGCGAGCGAUUCUGCACUUUAUCUACACAGGAGAGAUAUAUUUAAACAAGAAUAACGUAGAAAACAUCUUGCAAGCUGCUAACUUACUGCUAGUUCAAACGGUAAAGGACGCUUGUUGUCGAUUCCUGGAGAGUCGCUUGACGAUAACGAACGCCUUGGCCAUUCAACUAUUUGCAGAGAUCUAUGCUUGUGAAGAAUUACAUUCAAUAGCCUGCGAAUUUAUUCAUCAGAAUUUUACCUAUAUCUCCGAAACAGAAGACUUUCUAAGUCUUUCACCUCGUCAACUAGCCAUGUUGCUGCAAAGUGAUGAAAUCAACGCCGAAUCUGAAGAAAAGAUCUACGAAGCGUUGAUGCGCUGGAUUAAAAGCGACAUCCGAGCUCGCAGGCAACAUUUUCCCGAACUGAUAAAGCACAUUCGAUUGCCAUUAAUUUCGCCGUACUAUUUAGUAGAUUUCGUUGAGAAGGAAAGUCUGUUCAACAUGACCCCAUCGUGUAGAAGUCUGUUGCUGGAAGCUCAGCACUAUCACAUGUUACCUGAAAGGCGGGUGGAAGUUGACAACGCUAAAAUCCGACCUCGACAGUAUGAGAGAUUGCAUGAAUCACUCAUGGUUAUCGGAGGAAAUGGUGACAUCACACCAUUAACAACAGGUUAGCUCAUUAUCACAGGGAAAAAUUCAAACUCCCAUCAAUGGAUUUUUGAAUUUUUACCAUUGUACGUUAAAGUAACUACUAGGGUGGGCUGGAGGCAAAAAUAGGUUUUCAAAAAAAACCCCGGUGGACCAUCCGAGAACGUAGAAAAAUUUCAAAGACAAAGCCCAUCGUAGGUCAUUGCAAAAAUUUCACGACCCAUCCUGCUAUACAUGAAUAUGUACUGUAUAGCAGUUACUUUGAUCAAACCAUGCACUGAGUCACUUUCUCAUAACUUGUGCAUAGUACUAGUUAUAUAUAUAUGUAUUUAUAAUAUAGUCAUCCACCGUAUAUGAGCUGUUCUGCAAUCUGAUUGGUUGAAUUACUCGCCGUAUAUCAGCUCAUAUAUCCAGGUAUGGCUAGUAGCGAAAAACAAGAUGGCGGUCCAAAAACUACAUGAGUUUUGCGAAGCAGAAAAAGGAAAAUAUUCGCUUUGAAAAACAUAAUAGUACAAGGAAAAACUCUCAAAAAAAUUUGACAGGUUAGAAAAAUACAUUUAUUACGUAGAAAUUAGUUUAAAUACAAGUUUUUCAAAGAAUUAAUACCGAAACAACAGCGAAAAAACAUGUUCAUUGAGAAUAUAAAUUGUUCAGAAAAGUUUGCAAUGAACGACAAAUGAAUUUGCAGUCAACAAGCACUUACUAUAGUACCAAACAUCUGUAUAAUAUAUCUGAGCUUUCCUGUGAAAUAUAGAGGUUCUAAAACCAUUUCUUUCACUUCGUUUUCGAGUUGUAAAACAAAAGUAUUUCAAAUUUUCAAGCGGUUUUUGGCCGAACAAAUUGUCAACACAUUGUAACAGUGAAUAAUUAAUUACUGCUUCAGUUAAUGGCUAUAUUAGACUAUAUUAUAAAACAAUUAAAUAUUGAGUGCAAACAGGCUAUAUGUGUUUCAUGGCCCAUCCAUUUAAUUUCACUUAAUAUGUAUAAUUAUACUAAUAACCAAUAAUGAUAAAUUUUACUUUGAUAUUAAUAAUACAUGGUAUUAAAUCUUUAAAAACCAUUCGAAAUCAUUAAUGGAAAUUUAUUUUUUUCCUGUGACAUGCAUAAAGCCCCAGUUACCAGGACAAUCUCCGUACAAGUUUUCCUUGACAUGUUUACAUUCCUCGUGCUGACAAGUUUCCCUUGUCCUUGAUGAUAAGUUUUGUUACUCGUGUGCACGGAAUGUUAUUUAUUAAAAAAGCAUAUAUUUGUCGCACGGCAAGGCCGCUUUUUGUUUGCCAAAACCACAGAAGUGUCCUUGUCUAAAAACUGAUAUGACUAGCUUUGGAUUAAGACACCUUGGCAAGGAAAAAUUGUCGAUAUUUUGUGCCGUUCACACGAAGAAAUUAACAACUUGUGAAGGAAGUUUGUUAAGGAAAACGUGUCAAGGAAAAAAAAUCCGGCUGUAAAAAGUUGAUGAGUUCCAACUCUCGCUCAUAUUUGACCGCCGUGGGGAGAUCUUCCAAAAAAGUUUAAAAAACGGUUAACAAAAGUAAAAAAAAAGUUUAGAAAAGUUAGAUUUUCAAAAGGAGUUAAAAGAAGUUAGAUUAGGGUUAGGGAUUAGGGUAGGGGUUGGGGUUAGUGUUAGUGGUUAGGUGCCGCGAAUUUAUCAUAUUGAUAAAUUCGGACGUGUUUAACAAUUUACUCAUAGUAAAUUUAAAGGUGGACUCAUGCUGAAAAUCAUACAUAGUAUUUUUUAAUAAAGGUGUUGUUGCAUUGCAAGUUGCAGUCAAACCGAUCUCGUGUAAUGUACGUAGCUUGUAUAGACCCUUUGCACAAGACGUCACAGCGCCGGUGACGAUGCAUCUGGAGGACAAAUUAGCAAUCUAUGCAUAAUAUAACUUUGUAAACAAAGCACAUUUUGUAAAACUUUAUAAUAAUUUUGUAUUAAAAUGGUUAUUUUUUGCGCUAGUUUUGUUGUACCCGAACAGAUAUUGUUAGGGAGCAUCUGGAGGACACUCUAGAUCUAAGGAUUUGUGACGUCAGUGCAAUGGGUCUAUUCUAUGAUUUUAUGAAAGUAGUUAGGCGAAAUUACUAUAGUAAUAACAUGUUUUUCCUACCAGACAGGUUUCAUGUUCCCCGUACACCAAAAUCAAAUUUGGUUCCAUACUGUAGCGAUUCAAAACUUCCAUUACAGCCGAAAAUGAUAAAUUUUCCUUUCCUUUAGUAUUUUCUUACAACACGAUGAAGGACCAGUGGACGGAAUUGCCGAAGCUGUCAAAAGAGCGAGGUUACCAUGGCAUCUGUGGUAUUGGCAGCAAUGUCUAUAUAGCAGGAGGUUAUUCAUGUGUCAACUCAGAGACCUUGAAUUCAGGUAACACUUUGUCACAGAGAAGAGACAUACAGUAUUGUAACUAGUGUACCCACUUUUUUGUACGCAUGCUCGGCAAAAUGCAUGCAUCUGAUUGGAUGACGACCUGAUGACGACUCACUUUAAACUUGCUGAGCACGCGUCGUUGAUUAUUUAUUGCCCGGUCGCCUGAAAAAAAGUGGGUACAUGAAAACGUAAGCUUGGUAGGAGGCUGUAGGCUGCUUCGGUAGGAGGCUGUAGGUUGCUUCGUAAGCAUGACGGUAGGAGGCUGUAGGUUGCUUCCGAACGAAAUGGCGGCUGUGGGAGCGAACGAUUUUGCUUUGAGUAUGAAAUGGCGGAUUUUAACACUUGCCUUCUUUAGUUAAAACGGUCAUUCAUGCAUGCAUUGCACAUGUUUUUGUUGUUGAGGCUAGUUUUUCGCCUACUUGUAAACGCGUUUUCUUUGCCAUUAUUACACAGAACUUCACGAAAUUCCAUCUACAUGUAGUUUAAAGUUUCCUAGUUGCUUCCCUGCAGAUAAAAGUUAUCAAUGGAUGUGAAAAGAUGUUAAAAUCCAUCAUUGUAUCGUCAAAACAAAACCUUUCGCUCUUACAGCCGCCAUGGCGCCAUUUCGUUCGAAAGCAACCAACAGCCUCCUACCGUCAUGCUUAGCGGGCAUCGCUAAAAGGGGAAAGGUCUAGUAAGUUUUAUUCCUUAUCCAUCUCAAUUUUCUGGUGUUUUUGUCACUACCAACGCUGGCACGGACCGUUCGAGUUAUUGUCACUACUACCGUUUGAGCUUACUGUUUACAUUAUCAAUUUAUUUCUAUUCAGUUUUUGAAGGUCACACGAGUAAUGCCAAAUAAUUGUUUUUCUAUUCAGAAUGGUAUUCGGAGUAAUGAAUCCUGUUAGUGAUUGCAUGUAUUUUCGUACGAUGAAACUAUAUCACUUAAAAUGAAUUAGGAAAUCAUGUUUCAUAGAUCGAAGAAUCGAGAAUUUUCUGGUCACAGUUCAGCCUUUUGAUUGAUGGUUUUUAAGGCGCAUUUCAGCCCUAAUUGAAAAAACUAAUUAGAAAAUCAAUUAUGCAUAAUUCAGGAUCAGUAAACUCAAUGUUUUUAACAAUAAAAAUGUUUUAAAUGUUAAAAAUAUUAAGUUUGCUGAUCUUGAAUUAUGCUUCAUUGAUUCUUAAAAGCCAUCAUUCAAAAGGCUGAACUGUGCCAUUAAGCCUCUAGCUUCCCUUGAAGAGCCCUUUGUGUUAGAAUUUGACUACAUUAACCAAAGGGACCAAAGGCAAUUUAUAUAAGAGACCCAAAUGUAAGGCAAAUUAAGUGAUCCUUGGUUAAUUUCAGUUGCGAUUUAGUCAAAUUGAUCAUGAAGGCCAAUAUGUUAAGGCCAGUUCAAACAGUCCAACUUAUUUAUUGUUGAUCUAACCUAACUCUAACCAGCAUCGCUUAGGUGUGUUUUAAAAACAUUGUAUUAGUGGGUUUGGCAAAUACAACAGUAACGCCAAUGAAUACAUAAUCAUCAACAAUUUAGCAUUUUACUCUUUCGAUACUUACCAACUUCAACAGAUAGAAAUGUGUGACACCUGACAGCUUCAUCAAGCAUUACUGUCAUAUUAAUUUGAUCGCAAACGUGCUUCUCUAACCGUAUUCCAAAUAGCCUGCGAACAGGCUCUCAAGCUGAAUUGAGAGCCUGCAUCGAUGACUAAUGAAUUUGAAUAUCUACGUCUCAAAUCGUGACGCGAAAUUCUCAUUGGUCAGAUGCUAUAAUUUAUAUGUUUCCGCUGAGCUCUAUAUAUGUCAACUGCUGAAGCACUAUGCAUAAAAAACACAUUAACUGAUCAAAUUGGUCUUGGCCAUCUUAUCUCAAAGCACGAAAUGUUCUUAUUUGAGAAAACAGUAUUUAAAACAUUUGAACUUUUGCUUGAAUAUCUUAUAUUUCGAAAAACAGUAUAAACUGUACGGUCUAAAUUUAGUUUGCACGGUCUAAAUUUAGUUUGCACGAAAGUUGUAAACAACACCAUAUAGGGAUAGACAUUCCAUAUUUGGAAAAACGAACGUUACGGGGCAGAUAUUCAAAUUCAUUAGUCAUCGAUGCAGGCUCUCAAUUCAGCUUGAGAGCCUGUUCGCAGGCUAUAUUCCAAAUAAUAGAAGGGUAAAAACCGCUCCUGGUUAUGUCUAAUAAGUGUAUAAAAUUCAGAAUCGACUACAGAAUCGACUGAUUCUUUCUUUGACAACUAACAUUGUAAAUAACUGUAAUUUUGAUGCAGAACCCCACUGAAAAACAUGUGGGUAUAAAUAUAAUUAUUAUUAAAAUUCACACUCAGUAUUUCCAUCUAUAAAACCCUUAGCUUCUGCAAUCGUAGAACUUAUCUAUCGAGCGUAAUGUUAGAUUUGGCCAAGGCCUCCCAACCAUGCAUGCAUCGCAGACUUUCGAAGAUGCCUCGAUUUCCAACAUGUUCAGUAUUGAAUUAAAUUAAAUUCAAAAACUCCUUAAUAAUUCAGGAGGAAAACACAAAGAAAAAUCAUAAGCGUGUCGUGAUUUUAUACAGAGUGUAUCAAAAAAAAGGAGACCUUUUGAAAUCAACCAUAUUGUUAAAAUUUGAAUGCCUUUUCAAUUGCACAUAUGCUGAACCGUAGUGCGUGAAAUAGUGAUGGGGUGCAUAUAUUAGAAAAAGGAGACCUUUAGAAAUUGAAAUAACGUUAAAACAAAAGAUUGUCUGCUCCUGGGAAAACUCUGCCAUGCAUACUGUACGAGUGUACGUAGAUCGCAUGCUACGCACUCGUGGGCUUUGGAAAGUGCUCAUGCAGGAUUCAAAUUAUAACAAUGGUUGAUUUCUAAAGGUCUCCUUUUUUUAAUAUAUGCACGCCAUCAAUAUUUCACGCACCACGGUUUAGCAUACGUGCAAUUGAAAAGGCAUUCAAAUUUUAACAAUAUACUUGAUUUCUAUUAAAGGUCUCCUUUUUUUGAUACACCCUGUAUGUGAUAAAAAAUCAUGUUAAUUUACAUAAACUUUAGCUUUGAUUUUCUCGGUUUAGACAAAGUUUAUUUUAGAAAUUAGCCUACUUCGCCAAUGAACUCGUAUAAGAUGAGUCGUUUUUGAAGCCAUUUAAAGCACUUGUAGUCGUGUUUUAUCACAUAUAAAACACUCCGCUACGCGUCGUGUUUUAUAUGUGAUAAAACACGACUACAAGUGCUUUACAUGGUACUUAAAUUAGGCUUAAUUCUCAGCUGUUUCUACACUAUUUUUCUAACUCUGGGAGGUGUGAGUUCUUUUGACGACUAAAGGGCGUGGUCAUCAAUCAAUCUGCCAUGAGUAUCAAUCAAUCUGCCAUGAGCACUAUGCAAAAUUUGCCCGAGUAUCAUACUUUUUUAAAAUUACAAAUAUCGCGCGGACUACUUGCUGCCUUGCUGGGCUAGCUUUAAGUACUGUUUAAUAAACGAGCAGGAGUGUUUAUUAGGUUUAAAGCCACGAGCGCGCAGCGCGAGUGGCUUUAGACCUAAUAAAACACGACCUGCGAGUUUAUUAAACGGCUUCAAACACGACUACAAAUUCAAUAGAUAUACUGCCUUAUUAGUAUUCUUUAUAUAAAGAAUACUAAUUAAGAGUGUUUUAUCAGGUUUAAAGCCACUGCACGUGACAUAUUAUGGUUGACAUGAUUUGCCAAUAAGCUUAUGAAUUAUUAAUGAGUGUUUGAAUGGUAAUUUGACUUUAACACUCCAGAACCUGAGUAUAGUUUCAGCUUCCCUGAGAGCAAAUACCAACAAAUAGUGAUUUUAAUUCUACCGCUUUUUUCUUAGUGAAGUGCUACGAUGCCCGAGACAAGACAUGGCAUUAUGUGGCUUCAAUGAACGCCGCACGCAGUAAGCUAAGUAUGGCUGAGGUGAAUGGUAUUAUUUAUGGAAUGGGAGGUUUUGAUGGCAGCACGACAUUGAAUACUGUAGAAAGUUACACCAUUGGAACGAACAAGUAAGUCAGGCAUAUUAAAUUAACACAGCCCUAUAAUCUUUAUGAAAUAAUUAAACAUCUUUAUAAUAUAAUAACCUUCAGAAUUAAAGUGAUUUCAUUGGUAGAGAGCCAUGAUUUAUUUGAGGACGGAUGCACGGAAUUACGUUAUACAAACUUGUGUUCUGUGCAACCAAUCACAAUUCAGUACGUGAUUUAAGCUAGCCAAUAGCAUUCCUUAUUUGUGUAGAUCAUGUACACGUGGUAAAUUGUCAAAUUUCGAUUUUUUCAACUUUUCCAAAUAUUUGGUGGGGGUGGGGGGUGGGAUAAAAACCAUUUAAAACAGAAUAUAAAACAAAUAGAUAACAUUUUGUCGUUGUCUCUUCAGUUAUGAUUCACAGUAUUGACAUCAUAAUGUGGACCAUGUUAUGACGUCAUACUGUGUAUCUAUAACUGAACAGACAACGGCAGAGUGUUAUCUAUUUGUUAAAUGUAAUCUGUUUGUGAUUAUAUUUUUUAAGGUGGAGGACAAUAGCCCCAAUGCCAAGCAGAAGACGUUGCACAUGCGCAGUGUCACAUGGUCAGUAUGUCUACGUGUUGGGAGGGCAUGACGGAUCAAAUAUCCUGAAUACUGUGGAGAGAUACGAUACGACAAAGUAAGUUGGUUUUCUGUUCUGUAAUGUGAGUGGUUUUAGACAGUUUAACUGUGAGUUUAUUUAAGGAAUGCGGCAAUAAAAUAUAAGUUUGUUACAAUAACAUCGUGGUCAAACGUCCGCGUAUUGACUGCUUGCACUCGAAGACUGGAAACAUCUAGUACUAGUAUUGUCUUCAUAAAGCUCCGCUAGCAAAAAAAUUAGGAGGAUGAAUAACUUCAUCUUGCCACAAGAAACAAGCGGUAAAAUGUCCUACACAUUAAACCUUCCUUACAGAUCUCACAUUUGGUAAACCUCCCUCACGGGAGGUACCCGCAUACCCACAUCCAUAUCGUUUUUGCAACUCCGAUUAUUCACUGGAAAGGGAAAGGGAAAGGGAAAGGGAAAGGGAUAGUGAAAUUCAUAUUGAAGGUAAAGUAACACGAGCAACAAAAUUGUAGCAACUUGCAAUAAAAUCUGAUUUCAACGCAUAAUUGGAAAUUUGUAUUAAUAUGUUGUCUCGGGCGUUGUAACUAGUGUGUAAACAUUUCAAUUAGCCUUUUCCCAAAAGAAAUCACAGUGCAUUCUGGGAUUGUUUGGAGGGAGCAAACAUAUGGUGACAGGCGUCAAAUAUGUGAAAGAGUAAAGUAUCUACUAUCAAAAUCAACUUUCAGUUCAGACAACCAAAAAUGAAAUAUCUCUUUUUCACAUUAAACAUUUAAUUUAAAUGUGUGCUGCCAUAUUUCUUGUCCCUCCAACAUGAGAUUUGCGCGACUAGACACAGGACUUUGGGAAAUGGCUAAUUAACAUACGCUGAAAUAAGAUUUUAUUGCAAGUUGCUGCAAUUUUGUUGCUCGUAUUGGAAUUUGCGAUUACAUCACUAAAUCCAUAGUAAGGAUUUUGAAAGAUAUUUCCAGUGAUUUGGCAGACAUUAUUCUGUACAUACGUUUUACGUUUGACCGCAGCGUUCUUUACAAUUACAUAAUACAAUACACCUUUCCGAUAAUUACGUCACAACUACAUUGUUUUCAACUUAGGACCACCUUAAAGGGAAAUGGCAAUAUAUUAUUUUAUUUUCUCGUUUGAAAGAACAUUUAAAACCAUUUUUUAAAACUCUUUUACCGUUUUUUCAUAUCUUGCUUACUUCUACAAAUAUUUUGAUCGAAAGAAAAGAAAUGUCCGCCAUCUUGGAUUUUUGUGGAUAUGCAUGUUACGUCACAACAGGGGUCACGCAAUAUUUUUAUCUAGACAACCACUAAUCAUUUUGCACUCAAAAUUAUACUCUGUAUGCUGUUGGAAAUAUCAAGAUCACUUGAAACGUUUAAAACAUCUACCAAUCAAUAUUUGGUCAGUAACGAAUACUUUUAUAUGGUUAAUCCCUGUUGUGACGUCACCAAAACUACCGUUAUGAGAUCAAAAUUUUAUCCAAGAUGGCUGACAGUGACAUCUCAUUUCUUCAAGUGAAAAUAUUUCAAGAACUAAGCAAGAUAUGUAGAAUCGGUAAAAGAAGUUACUAAAUAGUUUCAAAAGUUCUUUCAAAUGAGAAAAUAAAAAAAUAUAUUGCCAUUUCCCUUUAAAUCACGCUUAAAUGGAAUCGAGUUCAAGUUUUUUUCUCACUGGCUAUGCGCAAAGAAGCAGAACAUCAUUCUUUAACACAUGCAUGAUAAAAAACUUUAUUAUUUUGACCAAUAAAUGCGGGAAUAAGCUUUAACACGAAAACGAGGCUGAUGGACCCAAAGGGGCCAUGAUCCCUCAGCCUCGUUUUCGUGUUAAAACUUAGUCUCACAUUUAUUGGUCAAAAUAUAUUAAUUUUUUUUUAUGCAUGUGUUGAAGAAGGACGCUCUGCUUCUUUGCGCAUAGCCAGUGAAAGUUUUUUCACUGGCUAUGCGCAAAGAAGCAGAGCGUCCUUCUUCAACACAUGCAUGAAAAAGAUUCUUAUAUUCCUAUAUUAUAGACCCUUGAAAUCCAUUCAAUUUAAGGUGGUUCUAAGUUGAAAACAAUGUAGCCGUGACAUAAUUACCGGAAAGGUGUAUUGCAUUAUACCGUACAAAGAACUCAUUAGCGUUUGCUUUAAAUUUUGAAGGGAUGAGUGGAGUGCGACGGAUGUGCCUCAAAUGCACGACAGAAGAUCCUUUCCUUGUGCGGUCGUCGUUGACGACCGGAUGUUUUGUAUCGGUGGUUAUGAUGGCAACGACACAUUACGUACAGGAGAGGUCUACGACUUCGAAUCCAAUCAAUGGACGCCAAUCCCUCCGAUGACCGUGGCGAGAUCAAACGCGGGCGCUGCUGUCCACAACAAGAAGAUCUACAUCGUGGGAGGAUGGGACGGAGUAAGCUUAGCUUCCGCCGAGGUAUACGAUGUCGUCAUCGGAGAAUGGAAACGAAUUGAGAAUCUCCCUCGACCCACGACCGGAGUCCGAUGUUGCUUCAUCAGCCUUCAGAAUCAAAACAACGACCUCAAACCAUUACGACAAAAGAACUCCAAAGGCCAUUUGUGCAGUAUUAUGUAA